CCUGGUUCAGGAGCCAGGCCUGGCUUCUGCAUUCUGGCUCUGAAGAUCCACUUGCCUGUUGACUGGGUUCCCCUGAGCAAUUUUUUUAGCAGAACCUCAAACAAAAGCUGAAUUUAACAACUUGUGUAACAUCUCUGGAACUGUCCUCCACUGGGAUACCCUGGACACCCUGCUUUCCGGGGCAGGUAGCUGAGAGCCUUGACAGAUCCAGCCUACAUCUAUCGGACGUGGACCAUGGCCUGGCCAUUGUGGACAUUGUCUAGGCAAUACUUCUCAUUUCACCAAGCGACUUUUCUUCUAAUUGCUCUUCUCUUGGCCAUCUUUGGUUAUGGCUACUGGUACCAGAGGAGCCAGAUUCACAAGGGUGAACUAAUCAAGGCAGACGUGGCUGAUAGAAAACAGUAUAGACUGCAAGAUAAGUCAUUGUCAAAAUUGAUAUAUACCCAGCCAAGUCUGCUUAUACCCACUAGGAGAGAUGUCCUUGUGUUGACCAGUUGGCUCGCCCCGGUUGUGUGGGAAGGGACUUUCAACAUCGACAUCUUAAAUGAGCAGUUCCAACUCCGGAAUGCUACCAUUGGAUUGACCGUGUUUGCUUUAAAAAACUACAAGGAGUACUUGGAGCAGUUCCUGCGGUCUGCGGAGACAUUCUUCAUGGUAGGACACAAGGUGAACUACUACAUCUUCACCGACCAACCUCACACUGUCCCUCAGAUCCCUCUCCACGAUGGAAGAAAAGUGGUUACUCUCCAGAUCCCGAGUUUUGAACGCCCGCAGGACAUUUCCAUGCAGCGCAUGGAGUUCAUCAGCACCUAUUCCAAGCAGCGUUUUCACAAGGAGGUGGCUUAUCUGGUGUGUUCUGAUGUGGAUGUCACCUUCCAGCACAAGGUGGGUGUGGAGAUUCUCUCUCCCUUGUUCGCCACCCUUCACCUGCACUUCUUCAUGGCUGGUCGGGAGACAUUCCACUAUGAACGCAGGCCUAAGUCACAAGCUUAUAUUCCAAAGGACGAGGGGGACUUUUAUUACACAGGGUCCUUAUUUGGGGGAUCAGUGGCAGAGAUAUAUAGGCUCACUGCAGCCUGUCACCAGAUGAUCAUAACAGAUAAAACCAAUAACAUUGAGGCACUGUGUCUCGGCGAGAGUCACCUGAACAAGUACCUGCUUUACCACAAACCCACCAAGAUCCUUUCUUCAGAGUACAUGUUCAAUAAGAAGAUCGCUACUGAGAGGUGGGUGAAUGAACACUUCGAUUUGUUCCACUUCUUCAAGCGCAUUAAAAUUUUGGACUUGCCCCCAUUACAUGCAGACACAUAAUAAAGAUAUUGUCAGAAACUA